GGCAUUAAGCUUCCUGCCGUCAUCAGCAGUCAAUCCCAGAUCGCAGCGGCAGACUCUUCACAUCUCGCUCUCUGUCCACUGAAGCCACUGCUGGGCUUCUGGAUUUGACCAACCGCUUACUUCAUCCAGAAAGAAAGGCUUCGGAGGAGUUAUGGGCGCCCACGCAUCCAACCUGGAUGAGGUCUUGGCUGAGGACAUGCACUACUGGUACAACAAGUUCAUGAGGGAAUCUCCGUCAGGCUUGAUUACGCUGUUCGAGCUCAAAAACAUGCUGGAGAUGCAGGGCAUGACGGAGGAGGCCAGCAGCUACGUGGACCAGGUCUUCUUCACGUUUGACAUGGACGGGGACGGCUAUAUAGAUUUCGUGGAGUACAUCGCUGCUGUAAGUCUGCUCCUGAAAGGAGAAAUCAACCAGAAGCUGAAGUGGUACUUCAAACUCUUCGACCAGGACGGAAACGGCAAGAUCGACAGAGAUGAAAUGGAGACCAUAUUCAAGGCCAUCCAGGACAUCACCCGGAGUUAUGAAAUCCCUCCAGAUGACAUCGUGAGCCUGAUCUAUGAGAGGAUUGAUGUUAAUAACGAAGGUGAGCUGACGCUUGAGGAGUUCAUCACAGGAGCUAAAGAGCAUCCAGACAUCAUGGAGAUGCUCACUAAGAUGAUGGACCUCACACACGUCCUGGAGAUCAUCGUCAACGGACAGAAGAAAAAGAAGGAGUGAAGCUGUGGACGGGAACAAGAAGAAGAACAAAAAGAAGAAGAAGAAGAGAUGACCCAGUCUGUAAAGCCCAAAAACAGACUGGACAGUGGAUGAAACAAGGUGGACAAGCUCAAUCAUCAUCAUCAUCCCUCAAACACUUUCUCUUUGCGUGUGUUUGUGCCUCCAGAUAUCUCGGUUUCCCUUCUACGUUCCACUUCAACAGCUCUGAAAAAUGUGCUGAAAUGACACAAGUCAUGUGGGAGUUUGGGAGCGUGAGCUUACCAACGGACAUGUGUAGUGGAAAAACAAGUCGCAGUUUAAAGUGUAUGAAUGUGUUUGCAUUGGAAGCGCAGUCACACAUUUUAAAGGUCUACUUAAGUGCUUUGAAAUGUGCAUUUGUUUAUAAACUUGAUUUGUGAUGUAAUCUCAACUGAAGGGUGGAGAGAGGCUGGGACAGAGUAGCCCCGCCCCCUUUAAAAAAACAGCCAAUGACGUUUCAUUUUAUAACAGUGGGAGUGGUUGAGCUCAAGAACAUCAAAUGAACAGAUAAUGAGCGGGCGGGGCAUGUCAGACACCUGAGAGCAUUCGACUGGUCAGGAGAUUUGAUGAGAAGCUGAAGUAUGACAUCAUAAAAAUCCAAGAUCCAUUUAGGCGGAAGUGACGAACUGCAAACUUUGGGUGUUUAUAUCCCCUAAAUGUGAAUUUUGUUACUGUUUGGGAGCACACUAGCUUAUAAAUAUCCAUACUGAUGCUAACAUCUAAAACUUUUAUGUUCAUUUCAUGGGACUUUUAAUGGAAAUAAAAAUCUCUAGAAAUAGUAAAGCAAUAGCUAUACUGAAAGUACUUUCUGGUCGUUGGAUCUGAUUAAAAAGUUAACUCCUCGUGAAGUUAGCUUCUCAAAUCUAAGUUUACCGACUGGUAAACCAUUCGUACAAGUCAUGAGUUUGAUUGUAUCAUCCAGAUACUGUGUAUAAAGGGGUCGGUAUUAUAAAUUGUACAGUUUUUGUUGUUGUUGUUUUGUUAUACUGUGUGUACUGUAAUCUUCAUUCUGAAUCGACAACUCUAAAGUUCCUACUUUGCCUUAUAUAAAUAAAUGCAAUGUACUGCUUCUUUGG